AAGUGGCCCCUGGCCAUGGACCUCGUCAAGCGGCAAUGCGACGCCCUCUUCACCGGCCAUUUCAUGGAAACCGUCACAGAAGCUUUUAAUGUUGCCCCCACAGCUCGACUGGGGGCUUUUGGAGUGACUGGGUAUCUCACAACAGACCCGGAAAACCUCAAGACGGUCCUUACCACUCGAUUCAAGGACUAUUCUCUUGGGAUCCGUCGCGACGCGGUCAUGCCACUUCUUGGAGAAGGUAUUUUUGGACAGGAUGGCCCAGCAUGGCAACGGUCGCGGAGCAUCAUUCAACAACAGUUCAUCCGUGUCCAGAGGCAAACACUGAAAGUCUUUGUACCUCACGUGAACAAACUCAUCUCAGGCAUGAGUGACGCAUCCCGUGCCUCAGAGAAUGGCGUGAUCGAUCUGCGGCCGUUCUUUUUUGACUAUACCCUCGACAACACGGCAGCUCUACUGUUUGGCGAACCACAGAGUAGCAUGCCCACAAAGGAGCGCAACGCCCUGACCGAGAACUUCGACUUUGCCUCGAUGGGUGUCUCCAUCCGACUUAGGCUGGCCGGCCUGGCACCGCUGUACAGGUCAAGAAAGUUCGCAGAAUCCUGCAAGGUGGUAAAAGAAUGGGCCUCGUUCUUUUCCAAGAAGGCCCUGGCGUACAUGGACGAGGUUGGAGAGGAGAAGGCCGCGGCGAAAUAUCCGUUCAUUGUUGACCUGUGGAAGGAAAUGGGCGAUGCGGACCUUGUCAGAGAUCAGCUGUUGCAUAUCCUCCUGGCUGGGCGUGACUCCACAGCCUCGCUUCUCUGUUGGACGUUGUUCCACCUCUUGCGAAACCCAGCGAUCCUGGACAAGCUCAGAAACGAAAUCUCUCACCUGGACAAGGAAGAAAUUCUCAGUCGUGAGCAGAUCCAGAAAUUACCUUUCCUACGAUGCUGUCUCAACGAGACACUGAGGCUUUAUCCGACCCUAACACUCAACGUACGCUUCGCAAACAAAAACACCAUCCUCCCCCGCGGAGGAGGCAGUGAUGGCCAAGCUCCUGUGCUUUUGCUCAAGGGCACAGGCAUCGGCUGGUCAGCCUACCAUCUGCACCGCCUCGAGUCCAUCUACGGAGCGGAUGCCAAGGUGUACCGGCCCGACAGAUGGGCUGAUGGCGAGCUCAUGAGGAAAAAUCUAGGGUCUGGCUUCAUAGACUUCAACGCUGGGCCCAGGACAUGUCUCGGAAAGGAUUUUGCCUUGAUGGAGGCCAGCUACGCGGUUAUUAGAAUCUUGCAGUCCUUUCCGAAUAUUCACUUGCCGCCAGGAACACAUAUCGAGCCGGCAGGAGCGGAAAGACAACUUUAUGGGAUCAUAGUGACUCCCAUGGAUGAGGUGGGAGCAGUUUUGCAGUGA